AUGCAGGCGGAAUCCACGGAGGAGGUUAUCCAGGCCUUCUCCGAAAGAUGGCUUGGUUGCUUUCCCAAGCCGGAGAUUGUGAUCUUUGAUGCAGCUUACAGUUUCGCAUCGGAAAGAAUGCAUGAGUUCUUGUCUUCCGUGAACAUCAUGCCUCACUACGUGGCCGACAAGGAGAGUUGGGCGCAUGGAGUUUCUGAAGCUGCAGUACAAGAUGUGAAGCGAACAGCCGCAGCUAUACAUUUGGAUGCGUUGGAACAACACCCAUUUGUUACGCUGCAGCUCACUGUGUCAGCAUUGAACUCCACGGAGUACACAGCAGGCUACUCGGCCUUUCAAUGGGCCUAUGGCCAGAACUACAGCAUCACUGAUGAGGAUGUGCGGACGUUCAAGGAGAUGGACCUGGUGAAGAUUUGGCGCAAACUAUGGCCAGUUACCGAAGUUGAGCGCUUUGCUUACGAGACAUCAGGUCAAGAAGAUGCGAGCAAAUGGCGGAUGAAAGAGAACUUCCUGAACUACCACCGCGACCGGAAAACCACAGUGACAGCUACUCCCUCUACUGACCCAGCGCCUAUUAUGCCACAAAUACCAGAAGAUGAAGAGGAGGAUGAACCACCGACAGCCACCAAACAGCAAGCCGAGACGGAUGUCAAUCAGUACAAUCCCGGCGAGACAAAACGGGCCAAGGUGGACACCAACUGGGUGGAGCUACUUCACAAGGAGGCGGCGCAGGAGGAAAAGUUUGACCUCUACGAUGCCAUGGAAGAGGCCGAGGUGUUUCUCAAGGUGGAGUUUGACUUGGAACCACCAACUUCGAAUCGACAAAGGAAGAUGCUUGAAGGAAACCCUCAGGCCUACUUGGUGAAGAAGAUGAAGGCGAAAGAAGUUGACUCCUUUGUCAAAAAUGAAGCCGUCAGAAAUUGCCUCGAUGACAAGGAGAUCCGGGAGGCCUACGACACGAAGCGCAUCGUCAAGGCAAGAUGGGUCCUUACAUGGAAGCUAGUUCCUCCUGAAGAUCAAGAUGAAGCAAGACAGGACGCUGUAAUCAAUAAAGACACCGUACACACCAAGGACGGGAAACGCAAGGCAAAGGCAAGAAUUGUUUUGUUGGGCUUUCAACACCCCAACUUACUUGUUCCCUCCUUCAAGACGGCGAGCCCUGUGCAGAGUUCCUUGGGACGUAACUUGUUGUACACCAUGGCUGCUCAACAUCAAUGGUCAUUGGAAGGUUUGGAUCUGGCCACUGCAUUCUUGCAGACGCAACCUACAGCAGCAGAUGAGAAGUUGUGGACAACAGGUGUUCAAGAACUACGGGACGCCCUAAAUGUCGGAGAUGAGGCAAUUCUUCGGAUACUCCGAAACAUGUAUGGAAGCACAACGGCACCACGUGGGUUGUGGCUGGACCUACACAAGACAUUGUCAAAACUCCGUGCAGAACCAGUACUAGGCGAAAGAUGUCUUUGGCGAUGGACUUCCAAGGAACGAGUGGAUCACAGUCCACAUGAGCAUCCUCUCACCAUUGGAGCAAUGGGAGGACAUGUAGAUGAUUUUCACCGGAUUGGUGAUGAUUCCGAGGAGUGGUUACGAAUCAAGGAGGCCAUCAACAAUGCCUACAAGUGGGGUACUGCCAAAACAGGUGCCUACCGACAUGCUGGCACGGAUGUGCAAACGGUCAAGGACGAGUACGGCUUCGACCGGAUCUACGUGAGCCAGGACUACUAUGUGGAGACGAUCCAAGACGUGGACAUUGAUCCGGACCGACUGCGCGGAGACGUCGGUUUGACCUAG